AUGACAAAGUGGACUUCCACCGCCACAUCUGCAUGCGAAGUAUCGUCCAAAGCCUGGCGAACACUGGGCUUCGUAACCCACCUCUCACGCGACCUUUCACCAGAGGCAUUCAGAUAUCUCCACAUUGCCCUCAUCUUACGCCAGCUGGAGUUUUGCUGCGCCAUCUGGGGGCCACACCAGCAGUCACGCCAAAAUGCCUUAGCAAGCAUUCAAAGAAGAGCUGCAUUUACGCUCUACCGCCGCAGUACCCUCAGAAGCAGCCUCCUCAGUUAUCGGGACGUUAGCACCGACUCCCUCCUCCGCAACGCUGAUUGGCGGACGCUACGGCAUCGUAGAGACGUCGCCUCCAUCGGGCUGUUCUGUCGUGUUAUGAGUGCGGACGGCAUGAACUGCCCCAACACACCGAGUCUCAACAGGCGUACUGGCCCUCUGCAACCGGUGCUGACGCGCACUCUUCGCCACAGGAGAACAUGCCUCCUACGAGCCGCUGAGCUCUGGUUUGCGCUACCCUCUGAGCUGACCCCAGUGAUCCCUAACAACAGGGACUUCUUAAAAGAACUCUGCGAGUUGAUAUCCAGGGAGGAUGGCUGGCACCUGUGA